AUGCAAAACGGUUCCAUAACACCUGAGCUACUGGAGAAGGACCCAUGCCUACUCCUUCGUAAUCGAGGAAAACCACAUGAACCCGUACAAUGGUGCGAUGGACGGGUGGGAGCUGUUGUUUCAGGCGGAUAUUUCUUCGUCACCAGCCCAAACAUGGACGUGGUAUAUCAACCACCCCUUGGCAAAAAUCGAGCGAUGUUCCUUCGACGCGACUACCGUUACGCAGAUGACGACCCACUUCUCUGGCCCCAGCCAUACGUCAGCUCAGCCUGCCACCAUGGCGCAAUCCUGCGCCGGCCAGAACAUGAUGACCGAAUGGAUAUAUUGUGGUGGAAUCCCAACCAGACGGAUCUCCUGUUCAAUUCUUCUGACCUCGUCCUUGGCAUCGGCAAAAUUCCUCAUGACCGUUUGGUCCAAUUUCAACAAUUAGUGGGGGAGCUCCAGGACCGUGUUCAGGCAUACAAAACGGACAAAUCUCAUCCAACGAAGAAUUCGGAGAUCAUGACACUUUCGAACUGGUUAAGCCAGGGGCUCUCUCGUCUUGAACGACUACCAAUGGAUUUUACACAGCUCAAAUUCUCUGUGGCUGAAGUUCAAAGAGCUUAUUUAGAAUUGACGGCUGGACUCGACUAUCUCUAUAUCUACAAACCUCGAAUGGACGGGAUUCUCCCACCCGCUACCGAAACUGCGCGGACCAUUGGUGUAUUCACCAUGGAUUCGACUAUUGUGCAAGAGUUUACGAGGGCUGGGCUACCGGUCUGGUUCAUGCGCCCCACUCCUACCUUGCAUGGUGUUCGUAUUGAUUCAAUCGUUGAAACAAGAAAGCCAAACGAAUUUCUUGAACUUCGUGAUGCCGAAACGAAGUUCGAUACUGUUUUCUGCGGUUCAGCUGACGAUCCAAAAAAACGCAGGGCAAUUGCGCUUCACUCACGCCAGUUUUUUUCUUACUACAAUCCUUUCACCCUUUAUGUUGUGACACCGAGGAACGGUCCUGGAUUACCAAUGAGAACGCAGGGAAAUCGCCAGGCAACACUGCCUACACGCACUAUGGAACAUGGCCAGGCAACACUUCCUACACACGCUAUCGUAGGGCGUCAGGGGGAUCACGUUAUGGAAGGUCGCCAGGGGAAUAGCUCUAACCGUGCUGUGAAAUCGAGAGCUGGUGCACCAUACUACCGUUCUGCAAAAGGUGCGGGUCGUAACAAGUUUCUCGAGAUGUCCAGCCCAUUGCUUCCACCUGUGAUUGGUGUUUGGAGCGAUGCUCUUGCCGCCGUUGACACCAACCCGGAGAAUAUCAUAAAUCAGGCAUCCAGUCCAACCGAUCGCGGAUAUGUCUUUCCUGAUCCGGGAUUAUUCAUUGGCUGCGCGAGUGAAGAAAAAACGACACAAUACCUUCAUCAAUGGUUGCGCCUCAGAACCGCCUUCAUCUACCGCCUCAGCACACCAUCAUCUUCCGCUCAGCCACUGGGGGGUCAAGUGUGGCGUGACCUCCUAAACUUCUCCGACGCUAAGCAGCCCUCUGGCUCCAAGGACACUAAGUCAUCUCGCCGUACAGAAACGCUGAAGGAGCUACUUGGUGAUUGCUUGCAUCAAACCGGUGUCGAGCUGGCCUCAAGUGAUACAGUUACCCCAACGUUUUGGAGGGAGUCUGGACUCAUGCCGGGUGUUCCGAUUCAACACCGCAUUGUCCAGGAGAUCCUCUACGAGCUGUUUAGCCUCAACUUUCGCUAUGAACUUUUAGCGUUGCACUCACGUGCCCAAUCACUUGACGCCGAUGACCAGGAUGCUGUCGUUGCUUGCUUUCCAGAGCGGUCGAUGUUGGUGGUGGAGCUGGCAUGCGGCAACAUAGGGUUAGCUGCAGAUAAGCUGGAGGACCGUCUCCCAUACCUCCUUUGCAUGAAGAGAUUAAUGUCGACAUGGGCGGGCCCCAUCCCGGAGGCCAUCAAAUCUCAAGACGAAUUUGGAGAUUGUUUUUCAGUGGCUGAAAUUGAGGAGUUGGAGCGCCAAGUGGCUCGUUUCUAUACCCAGUCUUUCUUCAAUCAUUUUGGUCGUGCAGCCAUUGUUCCCCGUCGACUCACUUAG